AUCUAAACCUCACAGAAACAGAAGAAGAGACACGAUGGCCGACGAGUCUAAAGUAGCUAGUGAAAAUCAAACUGGUGACGGGUACUAUGACCUUGGUUCGUACAGACGGCCAGUGACUUCAAGCAGCGCCGAAGCCCGCGAAUGGGCUAACCGCGGCCUGAUCUGGAGCUACGCCUUCAACCACGAUGAGUCUGCCAAAUGUUUCGAGCGAGCCAUCGCCAGCGACGCAGACUGCGUCUUCGCGUACUGGGGCCUAGCCUACGUUCUCGGGCCAAACUACAACAAACCCUGGGAAUUCUUCGACGAAACGGAGUUAGAGAACGUGAUGCAGCGCACGCGCACCGCAAUCUCGAAAGCAAAAGCAGGCGCAUCCAAAGCGUCUCCCGUCGAGAGAGCCCUCGUGGAAGCGCUGAAAUACAGGUAUCCAGAGGAAACCGCCGCCGCGGACCGUAACUGGUCGAUCUGGAACACCAGCUACGCCGACGCCAUGAAGAGCGUAUACACGCAAUUCCCCACCGACCUAGACAUCGCCACGCUCUUCGUCGACGCCCUAAUGAACCUCACCCCCUGGCAGCUCUGGGACAUCCACACCGGGCUCCCCGCCGCCAACGCGCGCACCCUCGAAGCCAAAACGGUCCUCGAGCUCGCGCUGUCCCAACCAGGCGGAUCGGAACACCCGGGUCUCCUGCACCUAUACAUCCACCUAAUGGAGAUGUCUCCGUCCCCGGAAACCGCGCUCCCAGCCGCAAACACGCUGCGUCUCCUCGUGCCCGACGCAGGCCACCUGAACCACAUGCCCACGCACAUCGACGUGCUCGUCGGCGACUACAGUUCGGCCGUGGCCUCGAACCAAGCCGCCAUCGUCGCGGACGACAAGUUCUUCGCGCGGGAGCGGGGACACGCGGUUUUCUACACGCUGUAUCGCAUGCACGAUCUGCAUUUCCGGAUCUACGCCGCCAUGUUCUCUGGCCAGUCUCGCGCGGCGCUGGGAACGGCGAAGGCCGUUGAGGAGGCGUUGCCGGAGGAGUUGUUGCGUGUGGAGAGCCCGCCGAUGGCGGAUUGGUUGGAGGGGUUUGUGGGGAUGCGGAUACAUGCGCUGAUUCGGUUUGGCAUGUGGGAUGAGAUUUUGGGGUUGAGGGAGCGGGAGGAUGGGGGGCUGUAUUGUGUGACGAAUGCUAUGGUUGCGUAUGCGAGGGGCAUGGCGUAUGCCGCGAAGGGGGAUGUGGGGAGGGCGGCUGAGCAGCGAGGCUUGUUUGCUGAUAAGUUGAAAGGGGUUCCUGAGUCGAGGACGGUGUUUAAUAAUAAGUGUGUUGAUAUCUUGGGCGUGGCGGAGGCGAUGUUGGAUGGGGAGUUGAAAUACCGUGAGGGGUCCUACGAUGCUGCUUUUGAGCAUUUGCGAACUGCGGUUGAGCGCAGCGCUGCUUUGCCAUAUGAUGAGCCUUGGGGAUGGAUGCAGCCUCCUGCUCAUGUGCUAGGAGCACUGCUGGCGGAACAGGGACAUUAUGAUAAGGCGGUUGAAGUAUACGCUGAUGAUCUAGGGGCUAACGGGAGGCUACCGCGAGCUUUACAACAUCGAAAUAAUGUGUGGGCGCUACACGGGUAUCAUGAGUGUCUGGUGAAGUUGGGACGGAUCGAAGAAGCGAAGAAGAUAAAACCACAGUUGGACAAGGCGAUCGAGGGCGCGGAUAUACCGAUUAAGGCGUCUUGUUAUUGUCGGUUGAGUGCGUUCUAGGAGCAAGGGACGAAUGCAUAAGGUAGAGAGUACUUAUAUGGGCGUGCUGUAUAUAUGAUGCUAGAUGAAAUGAGUAGGUAGGUAUAAGCGUAGCGUGAGUAGGUAUCACUUGAUCAUUCAUUCAUAUAUCACUCAUA